UAAAAAACAAUAUAGACUGUGAAGAGAAAUAUUUGAAGUAAAGAUACAUUCAUUCUGAAUUACAAUUUGAUAAAAAGGAGUGGAAGAGUACUCGUACCAAACUAAAGUGGUUCUCGGGGCCAAGUACUCCGCGGUGUAAGUUCUGACACUUGUCCCAGUUUCAAUUUGAUGAAAAAAGGUACUCGUAGAAGCGGAGAAGAGAAUAAUCAUGCCCGCGCAGAUGAUUCUCACGCCACGUCACGAAGAAUCUCAUCUAGAGAAUUCUUCUUGGAGUGUGAACAGAAACCUGGCUAUGUAGACUUUCGCGGGCUUAACCAAAUGCCGUCGCCAUGGUGGAGCUGGCGUGCAGCAACUCCCUAAGCCCAGGAACUUAACCCUCUUCAUCGAAAUUUGCGAGUCAAAGAAGAAAACAGGAAUACGUGGAACAAAUUUAAAUGAAAGAAGAACGGAAAUUAAAUAAAAAAAGAAAAAUUUGUGAGGACAAGCAAGCGUUCGAAUAUAUUUGACAAUUCUUAUUUCUUAAGAAGGUAUUGUAUGAAUUAAGAAAGACUCAUGUCCUUGGGGCCGAGAGUGGUGCAGGGCUUAGAUAAUCGUUGGAAUUUGGAAAGAGGCAAGUCCAGCGAUGUAGAGGAGCGGCCUUAACCCAGGCUCGAGUAAUGCUGAAGCACAUCCUGACGGGGCAACCGUCGUCAACGGGCUCCAGGCACCAGCACAAUGACUACCAGGCGAGCUCGGGCUCGUUGCACGGCGGCCACCACCACCACCACCAUUCCGGUCACCAGCAGGACCAGCAACAGCAGCAGCAUCAUCAUUACAAUCAAACUAGCAAUAUUCGCGGGACGCAGGGACGCGGAGUCGACGUCUACGACUCGGUGAUCCACCAAAGGCCGACCGUGCAUCAUCAGACCGCCGCGACUCCGUCCUCGACCCACAGACAUCCUCUGAACCACUCGCAAUUAAGUGUGAACAAUCUCUCUCAAAGAUUAAAUCACUCCCAUGCUCUUAACUUAUCGACGCUGUCUACUUCGAAGCAUUCUGUGAACAGUGUUAGUCCGAUCGCCGGCGGAAUCAAUAACAAUAAUAAUAAUAACGUCUCAACGGCGUUGGGACACACGGUGGUGACGCAGGUGCCUGGGCAUCAGGACACCAGGCCCAAAGUGAAUGGUGGCUUCGACAUCUCUAGGCUGUCGAGGUUACCCAGCCAAGCUACACCUUCCCCCGCACCUGCUCUUCAAGGGACUGCCAUUAGUGGACAGUUGCCUAGUAGUGGCGGUUGUACCGCAUUUCCGUUGAACGCUUCCUGGUCGUCGUCCUUGUCGCGGAAUCACAAGGACUGCGAGGCUGGGGCCAAAGAGACGUUGACGAGUUUGGGUUUGCUGUGUCUGGUGUCGUUGCUGCUCGCGUUACUCUCGUUGAUCUUCCUAUUGAAGAUUUCGCCGUUAACGGUGACGCCGAGUAGUUUGAUCAGCCCUGAAGAGUAUACGAUCGUUUACGAGGUGACAUUGGCGCUGUGCGCCUUGGCGUUGUCAUUAAAUCUCUGCUGUCUGCUCGUCUGCGCUAUACAAUUUCUCUUCACCGUCAAGCUGGUCAAGACUUCGUAUCAGGGACACUGGAGUAACAAGUACCUGCAAAAAUCGUCCAUCAGUCGAAUAUGCGCUGUCGGAGGCUUCUUCAUUAGCAUUCCCGUAUUUCUAACCGGUAUGAUAUUGUACACGUUCAUCCAGUUUCAUUCGACACCGGCAAUCGUCACGUCGGUAUUCAUAGGACUUGGAAUCGUGUUCUGUGGAUGUGCAAUGGUCCAUAACGUCUUCGUGUGGCAGAGGGUUGGGAACCGCUGUGCUAAUAAGUCGCUAACGCCUGCGGGAUAUCUCUUUCGGUGAAAUUAUGCAAACGUGAGCGUAACUCCUGGGCAACUUCACGGAAACUUGCAAACUCAUAUCUCGUGGAGCCAACCAGUCCACUCUUUGUAUACGUAAACUUAAAGUAUUUAUAUAAUUUAUAAAACGCUCUGAACAAAAGGGUUUUACGAAUGCGGUAAGAACGACAAAUUCUGCAUAUGAAUGAAGUAAGUGGGGAACGGGUUACUUUGGAUCAAGAAACGACCAUCUAACAAUGUAUCAAAAUACAAACACGUUUUUAAUUCGUCGACAUUUCGCUUUCUGAGUAACUGUUAGAUUUUCCAAGUACUUAAGCUUUGAUUUACAAUGGUCGAUGAGAGUAUUCACCAAUCGCAAUUUAAAAUUUUAUCAAUGCGUUCAUAUUUAAUGAUUAAAAACAAUUCUAAUUUGAUUUUACGUGUAGACUAUCAAAAAUGGUGAGCCAACUGUGAAACAAUCAAUUAUUUUAUGCAUUGUCCAAAAAUACAGUAGUGCUCCAGAAGCCCGUUUGGGGAGAGGUUAUGGGAUAACCACUUUGAAAAAUCCGUUUUUUUGGAAAUUUUUCAUAUAAAAGUACAACUUCUUAGAAAUAUUUUCCCCAAACCUCAGGUCAUUUGGAGUAAAACUCAUUAAGAUAAAGAACUGUGCGCUGCGCCCUUUUUGAACCGGCCGAGAGCGGUAGGCAGGUAGCCGGACGGCUGCUUCCUUCUCUUUCAAAUUUUGUUCUCUUUGUAAAAUUUGGCUGUGGCCUUCAUUUCUAACAGUUUUCUCGGUCAGUAGAGUAGACUCAGUUGUGUCGUAGACGUUCAGUGGAUCGGUCGUAUACUUGGUGAUUUUGUGCAGUUAUUCUUAUAAUUUUAAAGUUAUAUUUUCAAAAGAAAAAAAAUGCCAAAAAAAAUUUCGAGACAGGAUUGAAAGGAGCAUUACGCUAGGAUAUCUAGACCAAAAAAAAGACCAAAUCCUAUGAAAAAUAGCCGGGCUAAUGUAUGUUCCGCGUUAAGGAGUAUUCCCGUAUAUAAACAUUAUUUAUUAACAUCAUGCAAAUUACAAUAUACGUAUAUUUGCUUCGCAUCAAUGAUUCGUAUUAUCAUAUUCUUAUUCGCAUUAUAAUUUGCCUCGGCGUUC